AGCGAAAGAAAUUGAAGCGAAAACAACAACAAACGAAAAUUGAACAUGAGCACAUGGUUCAAGUCGUUGGGCGGUUUAUGAAGGUAGAUCAAUUCAGCAUAUAUGGCAUAUUAAUUUCAUAUAUCACUAUUAUUAAUCAAAGACCAUUGUCGAAUGAAUAUCAAUAAUCACUAUUAUUAUACAUUGUAGUUGGUAAAAGCAAUUUGAUUGGCUAAGAGCUUACAGUUAAAUCGCGCAAUCACGCAACCUACACAAAAUUCAGUUAUCUGCUAGCAGAUAACUCAGUUAUCUGCUAGCAGAUAACUGAAUUUUGUGUACUUUGCGUGAAAUUGAAUGAGUGUACAUUUCAAAUGAGUGUACAUUUCAAUUUUCAAAUGAAUGUACAUUUCAUAAUUGUAAUGUUUACUUUAACAAGUAAAUAUUUUAAUACGUUAACAUCUUAACGAUAAUAUGUUUCUUUUAUAUUUGUAAUUAAUUUAACUGUUGGACUUCUGGAGACUUGUUUAUAGAAACGUUUUACUUGAACAGCUUUGCCAGAAAUCAUAUUGAAUAUAACGCUUACCAAGACCUUGAUAAUUUUGCAUAUCGCAAAAACCGAAUUCAAUAAUUAUUUUAUUAUACAUUUGAAGAAUAAUUAUUCUUCAAAUGUAUAAUAAAACAAUUAUUGAAUUCGGUUUUUGUGAUAUGCAAAAUUAUCAAGGUCUCGGUAAGCGUUAUCAGCCUCGCCUUCGGCUCGGCUGAUAACGCUUACCUCGACCUUGAUAAUUCCGCAUAUCACAAAAACCUCAUCCAAUAAUUGUUAAUUAUAUUUCUCAUUAAUUUAAUUAUCGUGCAUGGUAAUCCAUAAGCGAUAAUCUGACUCAAAUAUUCAACAGUCAAUAAACUGUUUUGAAGGCGGCAAGUUGAUCACUGCAGCGCUCGUAAAAUCAGCAUUCGACUAUAUAGAGGAUAUAGUUUUGAUAUAUAAGGCUCUUCCAGUUUUGACAAUUUGUAACUAUAUAUAGUUGCAUUUUUAAAACUAUAGGCUAUACAAUACCAUUGAACGAGGGUCUCACAUUAUAUUGAUAUGUGAGAUAAUGUUUAUUUUGAGCCGAAAAUGGGAUUAAAGGAAGAAAAAUGAGCUGAUUUCAAACAUUUUAUGAUCAAAAAGUAUUUUCAGUAUUUUCAAAAAUUAUAUUUUUAAAUAUGUAGGAACUUGAAGUGAACAAUUUAGAUGAAGACAGUAUAAUCAACGAGCAAGAAUUUCGUGCUGUUUUUGAAAAUGUAAGUCGAUCGAUCCUUUUACACGUCUCAAGCACUAUAGAAGUUAAACAGUUAAAAUUCUAACAGUUAUUUUCUUGUAUUUACAGUCAGUGAAUCUAUUUCCUGAUGAUUUACGCUUGUUGUUUGGAGAAGAUUGCGAAGUCAUGGAAGCAUUUGCUCAAGUAGAUAGAGACGAUGAUGGAGAGGUAUUAACGACUUUGGAAGAUAGUACGAGAUCGACUUGUGCAUGCAGUGGUAAUAAAAAAUUAUCAAUCUUGGAAUUUUAUACAAAUAAUUGAUUAAUUCGCAACCACGCGUUGUACUCUUAACGUUUUCUAUGGUCAAUACAUGUAAAAGUUGAACUUUAGAAUGAAAGACAUCUGAUGAAACAGGUCAAGUUGGUCCAAGCUGACACUCAGGGUUUCACUUCCGCUACCACUUGAAACCAGCUGCAGCGGGUUUCGGGGACUAGCGGAAGUAAAUACCCCGAGUAUCAGGUUUUGUCUCCACGGUCAGUAAAAUCACGCGGUAAGCAGAAAAGAACAUAAAUUUUGCGAUUGCACCGUCAUGGCUUCUGCCGCUUUGGGCUGUAGCAAUGCAGAAGCCCUGAAAUUGAGGUUGUAACUAAAACAUUUUCCCACCUUUUGCUAUGGUAUUUGAAAGAAGUACUAUUCAGUCUAGGCCAUAGUUCAUUAAUGAAAUGUACACUUCUUGUCGACGUUGUUGUUUAGAUAACGUUUCAAGAAUUAAUGGCAUUUGUUGCAAAAAGAGGUGUGAACUUACAGAAACGAUUUCUUGGAUACACAAGAAAAGAAAUCAGAAAUCUCGGAGAUUUUGUUCAAACCUUGCAGGUAUAUAUAAAAAUUGUAAACUACAUCACCUCGACACUUUCAUGUCAACUGCUUGGUGCCAAAAAAGAGCUUUUUGAUUCUCUCGGUGAUAAUAUUUAUAACUUCUUUUUUAGACUGCAUUGGCGGUUAACGUUAAACGUGUGUAUGUUGAGGUAAGUAAUACCGUAAAUUUUCCUUAUUUUAAUUAAAUACAACAUAAAAAUGUUGCCAAAUUAUUGGUAAUCUUGAAGAAGACAAUUCAUUACAAAGUACUGGGACAGAUCAAAACUGAUUCACUUCACUUUGGGUGAUUGAUUAUGAGUGUGACUGUGAGAUGUCAAACCUCACAUUUGUGUGAGAUUUCAAACGUUGGAAUUCCUCGCAGUUAGCUUCAGUAAACUACUUGGACUUGAAAUCGCGCCCAGUUCUCAUUCUCCUUCUCAAAUAUUACAUGCAACAGAAAAUCAUGAUAAAAGAACGAAAUUCACAUCUUUAAUUCAUCUUAUAGUUAAUUCUGAGUUUGUUUCAGCAGUUUGAUAUACAUACUGAAAGAAGUAUUUUAUAAAAUUAUGGAGUUUGGACUAAAAUUCUAUCUAACCUACUUUUAACCUACUAAACUUCUUUUCAUGAUCAAAUGUAGCAGUGGCGUAAUUUCUUUGGACGCCGCCCGGCAACAGCUGGGGUCGCCAGGUCAGUUAGGGACCCUGAGAGCAAGGAUAACAAAGUCGCGAUGUUGAAGUAUUUAAAAAAAUUACAUUUUUGGCGUAGUCAAUCCCCCCCCCCCCUUCCUGGUCGCCAUUUUGAAUGGGUAGAACGAGGGGGCCUUCAGUUAACUCCGUGCGGGCCACUGAAUUCUAGCGAUAAGAAAAUAAAGUUAAUUGGCGUUGAAAGGAUAAUAUCGAUCGUUUUCUGAUAAGAAAUGUUUUCUUCUAUUCAUGCAUGGUUUAGAAACGAGACGUUGAUCGAACUGUUGGCAUAGAUACAGACUAUGUGGAAACUAAUGAUUUUAACUUGGACUUAGAAGAUAAACAUUUUCUCAUCGAG